UCGCAACAUGUAAUAUAUCGAUACUUUUAGUUGUGCUUCGCAGUAUCAGAAUUUAGUGUUUGUUUUUGCGUAUAGAAGUAAUGGCCGGACUACUAUACUUUAGUAAAUUGUGUAGUAAUAAGAAAACACUGACCUACACCUUCCACGUUACAUGCCACAAACAAAUCAAAACCAGAUAUCCAACGCAUGUGCUGUAUUCCACGCUCGCUAGAUCGAACGAUGAAUCACACAAUAAUUUUAUCAAAUCGAACAAGAAGGUAACACCAUUUACGCCCACGCCAGGCAGCAAGCUGCUUGGGGGCGUCUUUGCCAAGAAGACAAAAGUUGCAGUCACAGCAGCAGCAGCAGCAUCAGCAGCAGUGCUACAACAACAACAACGACUGCCACAACAACAACAACAAUCAAGACUAUGUCACGUUCAUAUAGGCAGCGGCGGCAACGAUGGCGGGUCAACGCUUGGUAAACUGGAUGCACCUGAGGUCACAUCCAAGGAUAUGCUUCGAGCGAUGAUGGCCUACAUCUGGCCAAAGGACGAUGCACUCGUACGCAAGCGCGUGGGCAUCUCAUUGGGUCUGCUGGCUGGCUCCAAGCUCCUGACAGUUUGUGUUCCAUUUCUGUUUAAGGGCGCUGUGGAUACAUUGACAACGCUGAACAUGGACACAGCGCCGGACGUUGUGCUGUCUACAGCCACUGCCAUGCUAUUGGGCUAUGGCAUUGCCAGAGCCAGCGCUGCGGGCUUCAAUGAGCUGCGCAACGCUGUGUUUGCCAAGGUGGCGCAUCAUUCCAUACGCAAAAUAGCCACCAAUGUGUUUCUGCAUCUGCACAAUCUGGACUUGGCAUUUCACUUGAAUAAGCAGACGGGCGCGUUGUCUAAGACAAUUGAUCGGGGCUCGCGUGGCAUUAACUUUGUGCUAUCGGCCAUGGUCUUCAAUAUAGUACCUACGAUCUUUGAGUUGACACUGGUGUCCAGCUUGUUGGGCUUUAAGUACGGCUUAGCUUUUGCGAGCGUUAGCAUGGGCUGCGUGGGCAUCUAUGCUUUGUAUACACUGAGCGUAACGCAGUGGCGCACGCGGUUCCGUGUCUACAUGAAUCAGGCCGAGAACGAGGCUGGCAAUAAAGCCGUCGACUCGCUGAUCAACUACGAAACUGUAAAGUAUUUCAACAACGAAAAGUACGAGGCUGGCUGCUACAACGAGGUGCUUAAAAAGUACGAGGCGGCCAGCUUGAAAACCAGCUCAAGUUUGGCUCUUCUCAAUUUCGGUCAGAACGCGAUCUUCAGCAGUGCGCUUAGUUUGAUCAUGGUGCUGGCAGCCAAAGAGAUUGCCCAGGGCAACAUGACUGUCGGUGAUCUGGUCAUGGUGAAUGGUCUGCUCUUUCAGCUGUCCAUACCAUUGGGCUUUCUGGGCAGCGUGUAUCGUGAGGUGCGGCAGGCGCUGCUCGACAUGCAGGCCAUGUUUACGCUGAUGAAUGUGGACAGCGGCAUACAGACGGCGCCUAAUGCUCAGCCUCUCUACGUUGACAACAGCAAUGCGUCCAUUGAGUUCCAAAAUGUGAACUUCGAGUAUGAGCCAGGCAAGGCAAUUUUUAAGGAUUUGUCGUUUAGCAUACCCGCCGGCAAAAAUAUUGCAAUUGUAGGUGGUUCUGGCUCCGGUAAAUCAUCUAUGGUGCGAUUGCUUUUCCGUUUCUUUGAACCAAACUCGGGUCGCAUUUUGAUCGGAGGCCAGGAUAUCAGCGCCGUUGAACUGGACAGCUUGCGCCGCAGCAUUGCUGUGGUGCCGCAGGACUCGGUUCUCUUCCACAACACCAUCGAACACAACAUACACUAUGGCAAUCUGACCAAGUCCCAUGAGGAUGUGCAAAAUGCUGCACGUAUGGCCGACCUACAUGAAUCAAUCAUGAGUUGGCCCAAUCAGUACAGAACACAAGUCGGCGAGCGGGGUCUAAAGCUGUCGGGAGGCGAAAAGCAACGUGUGGCCAUUGCGCGAGCAAUUCUAAAAAAUACUCCCAUUUUAAUAUUCGACGAGGCUACUAGCAGCUUAGACUCUAUUACGGAGCAUAACAUAUUGAAGGCGCUUUCACGCGCUACCACCGGCCGCACCAGCAUCUGCAUUGCCCAUCGCUUGUCGACGAUAAAGGAUGCUGAUGAGAUUCUGGUGCUGGAGAAUGGACAUGUCGGCGAGCGUGGCACCCAUAUGGAGUUGCUCAAACAGAAUGGCCUCUAUGCGCGCCUGUGGGAAACACAAACCCAACAAUUCGAUCCCAAUCGUCGGCAACGCAUCUCAGCGGCUGCUGUGUAGUCAGAUGCUGGCCGACUUCGUUAUUUGUUCUAGUUUUAAGAGUGAGCUUAGUUACUUGACAAGGCCACAAAAUUUAUAGUAGACAGUUUUUGUUAAUUUUUAGGCUGAAAGAAAUAUUGUGUCCCGUUUGUAAAUACAGUUUUACAUAGAAAGAUAUAUAUACAUACAUACAUACAUACA